CUCAGUGAUUUCUCUCGCUCACUCGCUCUCUCGGCGAUGGAGCGCAACUCGUCGGACGAAGACGAGGACCACCGGAAUUUGAUCCCUCAUAACAACAUCAGAGUCAACGAUCACAACGGCCGCCGGGAAGACGAGCUUCAGUCCGUCGCCACCGCGAGGGCCAUAGAUAGGGCAAACGGCGGUGGCAGGAGUCCGAGAUCGGCGUUUCAGAUCGAGGAAACCGUGUCGCGAGCCCGGAACCGCUGGAAAGUCUCACUCGACAAGCGUUACGUCGUUGCUACCGUCUCUCUAACUCUGCUCGUCGUUUUUUUCUUCUUAUUUACUGAUACUCGGAGAUUCUUCUCCUCGGCGGUAGAUCUCUCGAGCUUUAACCUUGAUCCACUGUCGAGUCGUGUCAAGGAAUCCGAGCUCCGCGCUCUAUAUCUUCUGAGGAAGCAACAGCUCGCGCUUGUCUCUCUCUUGAACCGUACGUUUGUAGAUCAAUCAGCGAAUCUCAAUUCUUCCAACGCAAUCGAUUCUUCACUACUAGUAGACAAUGUGAAAGCUGCUCUAGCGAAACAGAUCUCACUGAGUAAGGAAAUCGAAGAGGUGCUUCUAUCACCACACAACACCGGGAACUACUCCGUCACCGGCUCAGGUAACGUCACCGCUUCUUACUACUAUGACAGAUGUGGCAAAGUAGAACAGAAGCUGUUGGAGCGGAAGACGGUUGAAUGGAAGCCUAGACCAGACAAGUUCCUUUUUGCAAUCUGUCUCUCAGGCCAAAUGAGCAACCACUUGAUUUGCUUAGAGAAACACAUGUUCUUCGCUGCGCUGCUGGAUCGAGUUCUGGUGAUCCCGAGCCCUAAGUUUGAUUACCAGUAUGACAGAGUGAUAGAUAUAGAGAGGAUCAACACUUGCUUUGGAAGAACUGUUGUCGUUUCUUUUGAUCAGUUCAAGGAGAUGGAUAAGAAGAAGAAUGCUCACAUUGACAGGUUCAUCUGUUACUUCUCAUCGCCACAGCCUUGUUAUGUGGACGAGGAGCAUAUCAAGAAGCUAGAAGGGUUGGGGAUUUCCAUUGGUGGGAAGCUUGAGGCUCCUUGGAGUGAAGAUAUCAAGAAGCCAACUAAGCGGACUUUUCAUGAGGUAGAGGAAAAGUUUAAGUCUGAUGAUGGUGUGAUCGCCAUAGGGGACGUCAUCUAUGCUGAUAUGGAGCAAGAUUGGGUGAUGCAGCCCGGUGGACCCAUCAAGCACAAAUGCAAGACACUGAUCGAACCCAGCAGGCUCAUUUCGUUGACUGCACAGCGAUUCAUCCAGACAUUCUUGGGAAAGAAUUUCGUCGCGCUUCAUCUCCGUAGACAUGGGUUCCUGAAGUUCUGCAAUGCAAAAUCGCCAAGCUGCUUUUACCCGAUACCACAAGCUGCGGACUGCAUCAGUCGGAUAGUGGAAAGGGCCAAUGCUCCAGUCGUCUAUCUUUCAACUGAUGCUGCAGAAAGUGAAACGGGUCUGCUUCAGUCACUAGUAGUUGUUAAUGGAAAAGUCGUUCCACUUGUCAAACGUCCACCUCGCAACUCAGCAGAAAAAUGGGACGCAUUGUUGUAUAGACAUGGUAUAGAGGAUGACUCUCAGGUGGAUGCUAUGUUGGAUAAGACGAUAUGUGCAAUGUCCAGUGUCUUCAUUGGAGCAUCGGGUUCUACGUUUACAGAGGAUAUCUUGCGGCUAAGGAAAGACUGGGGAACUUCAUCUAUGUGCGAUGAGUAUCUCUGUCGAGGCGAAGAACCAAACUUCAUAGCAGAAGAUGAAUAA